UCAAUUGGUGGUGUUAUUGUUUCCUGCUUAUUAGAUACUGGUUCUAUGGUAUCUACCGUGACUGAGAGCUUCUUUUUGCAGCAGUUUGAACCUUGGGGCCAUGACCGUCUUCAGUCCUGUCACUGGUUACAGCUGCGUGCAGCAAACGGGCUUGACAUCCCUUAUAUAGGUUAUUUGGAGCUGGAGGUUUUGCUGUGCAAUAAAGUGAUGCCUCGUUGUGGGAUUCUGGUUGUGAAGGAUCCCCCUGGUGCUUCUUCUACAGUCCCUGGUGUUUUGGGGAUGAAUAUUAUUAGCCGAUGUUACCACGAACUGUUUGGGUUACAUGGCUCUUCUUUUUUUCAGUUGCCCUCAGUGGCGCAUGCUCCCAGCCCGGUUGUUGCAGCUUUGCAGCAGUGCCACCAGUCUGCAGCCCAAGUGCCUAGAGACCCAAUGGGUACCGUUAAGGUUAGAGGAACCCGGGCAGUGCGUAUACCUGGUGGCGUGAUGAAAUUAGUUGCCAGCACUUGUGCUGAAUUACCAUUGGGGCGUUCUGCUUUCUUUGAGCCAUUGGAGGUGGGUCUGCCAGCAGGCCUCUUGGCUUCGCCCUGUCUUGUUCAGGUCAAUAGAGGCACAGUCUAUGUCCCGAUAGUUAAUGUCGGAAUUGCAGAAGUCUUUCUUCAUCCACAUACUCAUCUUGGCUCUCUAAGCAUGGUACAGGUCGUAAGUUUACCUACAGGCAUUACUGAGGUCCGGUCCACCACUGCCACUGUAUCCUCCCAGGUAGUUGCUAGCUCUGCACCAAACGGAGUAGAGGCUGUAGAUUUGUCAGCUUUGACAAAUCAAGAACAGGGAGUGGUUAGGUCCCUCCUACAGAAGUAUAAUUCAGUCUUCUCAGCCCAUGAUGGUGACUUGGGCUGUACAAACCUCAUAGAACAUGAGAUUCCUUUGUUGGAUAAUAUUCCAGUACGGCAGAGGCAUAGACGCAUUCCUCCAUCAGACUAUGAACUGGUGAAAGCUCACAUUGACCAGCUUCUAGAGGCCCAGGUAGUAAGGGAGAGUAGUAGUCCUUAUGCCUCUCCAAUCGUUCUUGUAAAAAAAAAAGAUGGAAGUCUGCGCAUGUGUGUGGAUUACCGGUUGCUUAAUAGCAAGACACGCAAAGAUGCCUUCCCUCUGCCUCGCAUUGAGGAAAGCCUGGAUGCACUUUCUGGAGCCCGCUGGUUCUCUACUUUAGAUCUGGCCAGUGGGUAUAACCAGGUUCCAGUGGCUGAACAAGACAAGCCAAAAACUGCUUUUUGUACACCAUUUGGCCUCUUCGAAUGGAAUAGGAUGCCAUUUGGACUUUGCAAUGCUCCAAGUACGUUCCAGCGGUUGAUGCAGCGCAUGUUCGGGGAUCAACAGUAUCAGUCACUUCUCCUUUACCUUGAUGAUAUUAUUGUUUUCUCAUCUUCUGUUUCACAGCACCUUCAACGACUGGAAGUGGUACUUGGACGCCUUCAAAAGGAGGGUCUGAAAGCCAAGUUGAGUAAAUGUGUGUUCUUCAAACAGGAAGUUGGCUAUUUGGGGCAUGUGAUCUCCAAUAAGGGUGUCUCCACUGAUCCAGCUAAGAUCGAGGCGGUAGCACAGUGGCAGCGUCCUCGUACGGUAUCAGAGCUGCGAUCCUUUCUUGGAUUUGCCAGUUACUACAGGCGUUUUGUAGAGGGUUUUGCUCAACUAGCAGGGCCCCUGCAUAAGUUGGUGGCUGCACUUGUGGGCAGCAAGACCAAGAAGGGUUCAGGACAGGCUCUGGGGAUGGCCUGGACUGCUCAGUGUGAGCAGAGUUUUGAGGCUUUGAAGGCAAGGUUGGUUUCCGCGCCAGUCUUGGCCUAUGCAGAUUUUUCGCUCCCUUUUAUUUUGGAGAUUGAUGCAAGUUACAGUGGUCUCGGGGCUGUCCUCUCUCAAGAACAUGACGGUGCUGUUCGGCCUGUAGCCUAUGCCAGUCGAGGUCUUCGGCCUCCUGAGCGCAACAUGGAUAAUUAUAGUUCCAUGAAGUUGGAAUUUCUGGCCCUUAAAUGGGCCAUGACAGAAAAGUUCCGUGAAUACCUCUUGGGACACAAGUGUGUGGUAUAUACGGAUAACAAUCCACUGAGCUAUCUCCAGUCAGCAAAACUGGGGGCAAUGGAGCAUCGAUGGGCUGCACAGCUGGCGGCUUUUGACUUUGAAAUAAAGUAUCGUUCUGGCCGUAGUAAUAAAAAUGCAGAUGCGCUGUCUCGCCAGUAUCAGUUAGGUCCCAGUGUGACAGAGUAUGUACCAGGUACCCCAGUUCCGGAGCUAGUCCAACAGGCCUCCCCAGUGGUCCCCGCAACCCAGGCUUUAGUUUCUGUGCUUCCAGGCAGUUCACCCGUUGACAUCCAUUCUUUGCAGGAUGCAGAUCCUCUCCUUAGAGAGGUUUUGGUGUUUUGGCGGAAGCAGGUUCAGCCCACUUCUGCAGAAAAACGUCAGGUCUCGAGACCGGCCAUGGCACUGCUGCGCCAAUGGGACCGGUUGGUGGAAAGAGACGGGGUGUUAUACCGCCGGGUGUUUCGGCCAGACGGGGGUGAGGAGAGUUUCCAGCUCCUCCUACCCGCAGUUCUUAAGCCAGAGGUACUGAAACAAUUGCACCAGGAUCAUGGCCACCAGGGUAUUGAGCGAACUUCUGAACUGGUAAGGCAGCGUUGCUAUUGGCCAGGGAUGUUCGCCGACAUCAAACAGUGGUGCCGAGAGUGUGAGCGUUGUCAGGUUGCCAAAGACGCAGGACCGGUACCCCAUAGUUUUAUGGGCCAUUUGCUGGCAUCUAGGCCAAAUGAGAUUGUGGCUAUUGACUUCACUGUGUUGGAGCCAUCCCGUAAUGGGUUAGAAAACGUUCUUGUAAUGACUGAUGUGUUCAGUAAAUACACCAUAGCAGUCCCCACUCGGGAUCAGCGAGCUUCAACAGUGGCCCAGGUUCUGCUGAGGGAAUGGUUUUAUAAAUUUGGCGUCCCUGGUCGUAUCCACUCUGAUCAGGGUAGAAGCUUUGAGAGCGCUCUCAUACAGCAGUUUUGCCAUUUAUAUGGGGUGGAAAGAUCUCGGACCACCCCAUAUCAUCCUGCUGGUAAUGGGCAGUGUGAGCGCUUCAAUAGAACACUUCACAACCUUCUACGUACUUUGCCAACUUCCCGGAAGCAGGACUGGGCAUCCAACUUGCCACAGGUCAUUUUUUGUUAUAACACCACUCCUCAUCAGGGCACUGGAGAGUCUCCUUAUUAUCUAAUGUUUGGCCAGGAACCUAGACUCCCUGUAGAUUUCCUGCUAGGUCAGGUACAGGAACCGGUACCAGGGGAGGUCCAAGACUGGGUGAUUGAGCAUCAGGCCAGGCUUAGAUUGGCAUUUGAAGGGGCUCGUGACCGGUUGCUUGUAGCUGCUGGUCGCCGGAAGGAACGGCAUGAUCAGCGAGUUAGGGAGGUCCCCCUACAGGAGGGUCAGUUGGUUUAUCUCCGGGACCAUAGUGCCCGGGGACGCCACAAGAUCCAAGAUGUUUGGAGCUCGGUAGUCCAUCAGGUGCUGAGAACCCCUCCUGGGGAAGGAGCUGUUUAUACAGUUGCCCCGGUAAGUGACCUAGGUAAGAUCAAGCAUGUGCAUCGUAAUAUGUUGAAGGCUCAAGUACAGGUUCAAGGCCCUCUUCUUCCUCCUAGGGAUUCCCCUCCACCAGUUCCAGUAGCACCUGUGGACACCUCCAGCGAUUGUGAUCUAUGGCUGUUGGUAUCAGAGACUAUUUCCCCGGAGGUAGCUGUACCAAGCGGUUCUGGUACCACUGUGCCUCCUACAGUGCAACCAGCACAGGAGGGGAUUUUAGAUGCCACUACCGUACAAGGAGGGCGUCAGCCCUCGGAUUCGUCCUUGUUUUUAACAGGGCAACCCUGCUCUGGUCUGUCCUCUGUGCGUCGCACGGCACGUGCUACAGCUGGCCAGCAUUCUAAUAUUCACCGCCUUCCGCGUUCCGCUGGUAGUGUAGAUAACGGGGUAGAUGAACCAUCAGGGUUAGUCAAUACGCAGUCGGCUCUUUUUAGGCCUUGGUGUUGGCCCCCUUAUGUUGGAGUGUUGGACCGGAGCUGUGGGCCAAAGCGGCGGGUUCGGGGAUGUGGAAUGCUGUUCACCUUUCCUCCGGUGACGGACUCUGGAAAUCGCUUUGUUCUGGUGGCGAUGGACUAUUUCACGAAGUGGCCAGAGGCCUACGCGGUGCCGGACCAAGGGGCGGUCACUACUGCGGAUAUCCUGGUGCGGGAGUUCUUUUGCAGAUUCGGGGUUCCGGAAGAACUGCACAGCGACCAGGGGAGAAAUUUCGAGUCGGAGGUCAUAGCGGAGGUCUGCCGCAUCCUGGGAAUCCAUAAGACCAGGACGACGCCCCUUCAUCCGCAGAGUGACGGACUGGUGGAACGUUUUAACCGCACGCUGGCGGCGCAGUUGGCCAUGGUGUCGGACAAGAACCAGCGUCACUGGGACAGGCACCUGCCGGUAGUGCUGCUGGCCUGUUGCUCCGCUGUGCAGGAGACGACGGGAUUCACGCCGGCUCUGCUUAUGUUCGGGCGCGAACUGAGGACG